GUCAUUCGCAGUCUGCUCACUUACGGGAAGUCCACGUUCACGGUGCCGAGACCACGGUGGAAGUAUCCCCGCAGCAGCUGCAGCCAGAGCCCAGGAGCGACCGGAGGGAGGAGGCACAGAGUCCGCAGCUGACGCGCCGCACAACCGCCCGCACCGUCACAUAUCCACGGAGCGGCCUGAAGCCCAGGACCUCGACGGGUCGGGAGAACACAGGACGGACGGAUCGAGCAGACCGACGGACACCUGCAGCAGCAGCAGCAGCAGCAGCAGCAGCAGCAGCAGCAGCAGCAGCAGCAGCAUGGGCUCCAUCGCAGAAUACUACGCCGGCAAGAGCGUCCUGAUCACGGGAGCCACGGGCUUCAUGGGCAAAGUCCUGGUGGAGAAGCUGCUGAGGUCGUGCCCCGAGGUCAAAGCCCUCUACGUCCUGGUCAGACCCAAGGCCGGACAGUCCAUGCAGCAGAGGGUCAGCGACAUGAUGAAGUCCAAGCUCUUUGACCGCGUGCGCGAGGACGACCCCGACUUCCACGAGAAAAUCAUCCCCAUCAGCAGCGAGAUGAUGCAGCCGAGUCUGGCCAUCAGCCCGGAGGACGUGGAGAAGCUCACCGCCUGCAUCAACGUCAUCUUCCACUGCGCCGCCACCAUCCGCUUCGACGAGCAGCUCAAACACGCCGUGCAGCUGAACGUCCAGGGCACGCAGCAGCUCCUCAGCCUGGCUCAGCAGAUGCAUCACCUCGAGGCCUUCAUCCACGUCUCCACCGCGUACGCAAACUGCAACCGCAAGCACAUCGACGAGGUCAUCUACCCGCCGCCCGUCGAGCCCAAGAAGCUCAUCGAGUCUCUGGAAUGGAUGGACGACAGCAUCGUGCGAGACAUCACGCCGCGCCUCAUCGGCGACAGACCCAACACGUACACGUACACCAAAGCGCUGGCGGAGUACGUGGUGCAGCAGGAGCAGGACAAGCUCAACAUCGGCAUCAUCAGACCCUCCAUCGUGGGAGCCAGCUGGCAGGAACCCUUCCCCGGUUGGAUCGACAACUUCAACGGGCCGAGCGGCGUCUUCAUCGCCGCGGGAAAAGGAAUCCUGCGAACGAUGAGAGCCAACAACGACGCCGUGGCCGACCUGAUCCCUGUGGACGUGGUCAUCAACCUCACGCUGGCUGCAGGCUGGUACACGGCUGUGCACAAACCUAAAACUGCUCUGGUUUACAACUGCACCACCGGGGGCAUUAACCCCUUCCACUGGGGAGAGAUCGAGCAUCAUGUGAUGUCCACCUUUAAGAGGAACCCGUUGGAGCAGGCCUUCCGCAGACCCAACGCCAACAUCACCUCCAACUACCUGAUCUACCAGUACUGGACCAUGGUCAGCCACAAGUUCCCCGCCUUCAUCUACGACCUCUUCCUGCGUCUGUGUGGACAGAAACCACAGAUGAUGCGCAUCUUUAAUCGUCUUCACAAGGCCAUCAGUCUGCUGGAGUACUUCAGCGGACAGGACUGGGACUGGAACUCCGACAACAUGAGCAUGCUGCUGGGCCAGUUAACGCCCGAGGACAGGAAGACGUUUAACUUUGACGUGCGUCAGCUGAACUGGCCCGAGUACAUCGAGAAUUACUGCAUCGGCACCAAGAAGUACGUCCUGAACGAGGAGAUGUCCGACAUUCCCGUUGCCAGGCAACACCUGAGAAAACUGAGGAACAUCCGCUACGCCUUCAACACUCUGCUGGUGGUGUUCAUCUGGCGGGUGUUCAUCGCUCGGUCCCAGAUGGCCGUAAACAUCUGGUACUUUGUGGUCAACCUCUGUUUCAAGUUCCUCUCGUACUUCCGUGCGUCCAGCACCCUGAGCGACUGAGUCUUCCUCGCCGACGGCAGCCCUCGCCUUCACAUUCAGAGGACAGAACCUUCGGAGACUCUGUCCGUCCGUCCGACGACGAGGAGGAAGCUUCAGAUCCUCGUCCUCCAGCGUGGAUUCAGGCAGGACUCUCGACGAGUGAAGCCCUCAGGAUGGUUCACAAAAAAAAGAAACAAAAAAAUGGGUCUAGUCGCCAUGAAUGAUUAGAUAAUUUGGAAAAUCAUCCGGACCUGCACUGUUUACGCCUUCAAACAAGUGUUGUCGUUCAUUCUGAACCUCCUCCUUCUUCUUCUUCUUCAUCUUCUUCUUCUUCUUCUUCUCAAAGUGGCCAAUUAUAUAUGCAACAAUAAUUCCCCGUGUGAUUCCCACCUCGUUUUCCACGCCAUCGCGUUCCUUCCUCUUGAAUCGACGUACGCCGCCUUGCGGUGAUUUUGAUUUUGAUUUUUCUCGUACUUGAAAGCAGCAGAGCUUCUGCGGAGGACGGUUUUGGAACGUCUCGUUCCUCUGAUUUGGACGUCUGUAUGUCUUUGUCUUUGCGUCACGUGUUAUCUACUGCCUUUUCUACGAUCACACGCGCAGACGUUAGCUGGCAUUAAAAUGGUAUUAAAUCGCUCCAGCUGUGAGAACAUACAGAUGUGCCCUCCUCCUCCUGCUGCUCCUCCUCCUCCUCCUCCUCCUCCUCCUCCUCCUCCUGCUGCUGCUGCUGAGCUUCAUUCACCACGUCUCUGAACGGAUGGUCGUUGUUUGUCUUUGAACGCUCAUCCACGUUUUUGCCCGUUUGUACAGCGGUUUGUACUGAAACUAAGUUUACUACUUUUACAUCUUUAUACUUGUGUCAAAGGCUCGUCUAAAUAUUACGUGGUAGACCUUGGCAGUGUAUUAUAUAUAAAUAAGAGUUCACCAGAGUGGAGUUUAUUUGUAUAUCCCAGUUUGACAUAUUGUACAAUGUUUCCCACUAGAUUUUCUAAGACGUACCUCAGCAGACGAGGGCACAUUUUUCCAUGUUAUUUCAGGGUUGAGGUGAAAAAGAUCAAUUAUUAUCGUGAAGGAAAUGCCAAACACAACAGUCUUAAAUGAGAGUCUGAGGAAUGACUUCAGUGGAUAAGUCUAAUAUCAGUGACGUCAAAGAUUGUGUGCCUCUGUUGUGUUAGUGUUCCUCUUGAGUCACAGAAAAACUCUUCAAUCCUCCUGAAUCCAGAAGUAGGAAGAGAUUUUUCAUUUGUUUCCCGAGUUUCUGACGAUCGGCUAACGAGAUGAGAAACGAUCGCAGCUCGGAAAAUUGAUUUAAAAAGUCUUUUAAUUGUUAAAAAUGGACGGAGAAGGAUAGAAGAGUGACCGCCUGUGACUUAAAUGUAAUCCUAACACCAACACCUGACAACCAUCAGCGUUUUGAGCGCUUGUUGAAUUCUGUUGCAAACUGGAUAUUUCAGUUUUAUUUAUAUAAAAGAAAAAGAACGAUAUUUGUGAACCGGUCGGUGAAAGGGACAGAUUAUGAAGUCAUAAAGAUUGUAAUAUAUAAAGUAAAAUGAUCUUUUUUUUUUUUUUUUUUUUUAAAUGUAGCGGGCCCAAUAUGGAGCCUUGCGGGACACCACACUUAAUGGAGGGAUAAAUAGGCUGCUAUUUUUUAAGCAAGACAAGCUGUUAAUGAUGUACUACAUGUUAAUCUGGGCCUAAAUCACAAAUGAGGGACUCCACUUGAUGGUCGGUCAACCUUGACCCCAGUUUGGAAGCUCUGUAAAUACUCGAAAUGUUGCGUUUUAUUCUUAUAGACUUACCAAAAAAAAAGAAAAUGGAUUUGACUGUUGACUUGGGCUGACAGGAUUGUACCACAGAGCUUCCGACAGAGUCUACCAGAAGUGUUCAAACGUGUGACGGGCAAGUCUGACUUUCACUAAAUAAACAGUUUCAAGAAAACUGGACAGUGUUAUUAUGCGGGUUGUUUGGCUCGACUCUUGACAGAAUACAAAUACAACUGUUGAGAGCCUUUAUAUACGGGGGGGGUGAAAAAAAAGGGACAAAACGAAAUAAAUGUUUAUGCAAAGCCCACGUCUGUCUGUAAUCCCGGUUAACUGUUAACUUAACCUUAAAGGACCAGCGAGCAAACUGGGCUUUGUCAGAACUGUUGUCACGGAGCUUUCAGGGCGAAAACGGCAAACACAUAAUCGAUAAUGUCAUGUUAUUCUUUCUGUGUGUCAUUUGCAACAUGUCGAUUCCCUGCUCUGGCAGCAUUUCAUUCAAGUUUGCUUGGCAAAACUGAAAUAAACCAGAAAAGAACCAAAACAA